UUAGCUGAAAAAAAGUUUCAUCCGGUUAACUGUCUCUUUUUCGCUCCGCUACAACAACAAACGUGCACAGGGGAGCGAGGGCACGGCUCUCGCGGGGGGCACGCAGGGAGGGCCCGAGGCGCCAAGGAGGCCGCGCCGGGCUAAUCCGAAAAGGCUGCGAGGUCAGGCUGUAACCGGGUCAAUGUGUGGAAUAUUGGGGGGCUCGGCUGCAGACUUUGCCAAAUGGACGGGACUAUUAAGGAGGCUCUGUCGGUGGUGAGCGACGACCAGUCCCUCUUCGAUUCGGCUUACGGAGCGGCCGCCCAUCUCUCCAAGGCCGACAUGACCGCCUCAGGGAGUCCUGACUUCGGGCAGCCCCACAAAAUCAACCCUCUGCCCCCCCAGCAAGAGUGGAUUAACCAGCCAGUGAGGGUCAAUGUGAAGCGAGAGUAUGACCACAUGAAUGGAUCCAGGGAGUCUCCCGUGGACUGCAGUGUUAGCAAAUGCAGCAAGCUGGUUGGUGGAGGCGAGUCCAACGCCAUGAACUACAACAGCUAUAUGGACGAGAAGAACGGCCCCCCUCCCCCCAACAUGACCACCAACGAGAGGAGAGUGAUCGUCCCCGCAGACCCCACGCUGUGGACACAGGAGCACGUGCGGCAGUGGCUGGAGUGGGCAAUAAAGGAGUACGGCUUGAUGGAUAUCGACACCUCCUUUUUCCAGAACAUGGAUGGCAAGGAACUGUGUAAAAUGACCAAGGAGGACUUCCUCCGAGGCACCUCCCUCUACAACACAGAAGUGCUGUUAUCACACCUCAGUUACCUCAGGGAAAGUUCACUAUUGGCCUAUAAUACAACCUCCCACACAGACCAGUCCUCACGGCUGAGUGUCAAAGAAGACCCUUCUUAUGACUCAGUCAGGAGAGGAGGAUGGGGAAAUAACAUGAAUUCUGGCCUCAACAAAAGCCCCCCACUUGCAGGAGCACAAACAAUGAAUAAGAAUACUGAACAGCGACCCCAGCCAGAUCCGUAUCAGGUCCUGGGCCCAACCAGCAGUCGCCUAGCCAAUCCUGGAAGUGGGCAGAUUCAGCUGUGGCAAUUCCUGCUCGAGCUGCUCUCUGACAGUGCCAACGCCAGCUGUAUCACCUGGGAGGGGACCAAUGGGGAGUUCAAAAUGACGGACCCCGAUGAGGUGGCCAGGCGCUGGGGGGAGCGGAAAAGCAAGCCCAACAUGAAUUAUGACAAGCUGAGCCGGGCCCUCCGAUACUACUAUGAUAAAAACAUUAUGACCAAAGUGCAUGGGAAGAGGUAUGCCUACAAAUUUGACUUCCACGGGAUCGCCCAGGCCCUGCAGCCCCAUCCGACUGAGCCGUCCGUGUACAAGUAUCCUUCUGAUAUCUCCUACAUGCCUUCCUACCACACCCAUCAACAGAAGGUGAACUUUGUCCCUCCCCACCCGUCUUCCAUGCCGGUCACUUCCUCCAGCUUCUUUGGAGCAGCGUCACAAUACUGGACCUCCCCCACGGGUGGCAUCUACCCCAACCCCAAUGUCCCCCGCCAUCCUAACACCCACGUGCCCUCACACUUAGGCAGCUACUACUAGAAGCUUAAUUAUCGGUGGGCUUUAGCGGAAGCUCCAUCACUCACGUUUCCUGGAUCCCUUGAACUGUAAAGGACACAUGUAACCUUGAAGAGAAAACAAAACUGGAUGUUCUUUCUUGUUGGAUAGAACCUUUGUAUUUGUUCUUUAAAAAAAACAAUUCUUUUUUUUCUUUUAAUGUUGGUAACUCUUGCUUCCUCUCAAACAAAGAGAUGGAUAAUUCAUGGGCCAGUAUGCCAGCUUGGAUUCUCAAUCUCCUAUCAUCUUGUAAGUUGAAUAUUUAGAUUACUGGAAUGGUUGUAUCAAGAUUCUGGGAAAGAAAUUGUAAAUUUUCUUUAUAUUUUUGUGAUUCAAGCAAUUUCUUAUCAACACACGGGUCUCAUCAGGGACCGUACGGGGUGCUGCAUGAUAAGGAAUCCUGGACUUAACCAGAUAAUGUUCUGGUUUGAGAAUUAGUGAAAAUAGAGGCAGGAAACUGAUGAUCUUAUUUUAACAGGAACUAAUUCAGUGGAUAGCAACUGGAACAUUGGUAGGAAGGUCAGUGAAGUUUUCACCCAACUGGAAUUUUAAGGAGAGAACACGUGUGUGUAUUUAAGAAGUCGUGGGCAUUGCAAAAUCCCUUCCAGUGAGCAAUACACUCUAGGCCAAACUAUUUCCCUCUGGAAAUAGUCAAAAUAUGGACUGAUAAAUUUUAAUGCAAAUGCUGACUUUCCUGAAAGACAGAGAAUUAAAUAACUAUUUUUUUUUUUUAUAAUAAUGACAGUGGGUCCCAGAACUUUGAAGAGUCUUAGGGAUUUCUAAACACAAACAGAUUCGCAAGCGCUGUGCGUUUGUCAGACUUUCAGUCCAGGCUCCAUCAAUCGGAAGGCAACUUUACUGUAUAAAUUAUGGAGAGUUAUUUUCCUAUAUCUCACAGUAUUAAAAAUAAAUAAUUAAAAAAGUAAAAAGAAUAAAUAAACGAGUUGACCUCGGUCACAAAUGCAAUUUUACUAUCAAAUCAGUCGUUGUUAUUUUUUUUAAUGUAAUUUGUACAUCUUUUGUCAAUCUGUACAUUUGGGCUGUUUGUACGUUUUUAUAGCUGGUUUUUUAAAAGCAUAAUGUGACUAUUGCAGAAAAGAAAACAGGACAUUUAAGUCUCUGACUCACUAGAGAAAGAAGCACUGGUGCAGUUAUUUAACAAGCCUGCGCAAGUAAGUAAAGGCAAUCCACUGAAAUCCUUAAUGCUUUGGAGAUGUUUGUAAAUAACCAUACUGCAAUAAUCAACAUUGAAAAGGAUGAGAGAACUUUCCUUUGUGGACACAAGGAAUUUUCCCACCCCAUAUAUGCAAUAUAUUUUUUAGACAUUAAAAUAUAUAUAAUUUUGCAAGUAAUCGUUGACUUUUUUAAAACUAUAUUAAGUGUUAAGCUGACAACUGUCUAUGAAGACUGUGUUGUAAAAUAAUUUGACUAAAUAAAUUGUGCCUUGUCUCA